AUGUCGCGAGCGCCAGCAAUACCAGAAAAGUCUUGCCUGAAACAGCCUCGCAAUCCGCCCUUUGCAAGCUCAACAGAAUCGAAUCGUGCCACAAAGAAGCACGUCCUUUUCGAAGUCAGCGCAGAAAGUUCCAUACAACAAGAGGGACAGGGAGGGCAGAAAAUCAAGAGACCCAGUCUCCUUCCGCCAAUCUCGAGGCCUGGAGACGAGUCGGAUCAGAUCGAGCUAGCGAGAAAGCGCACAGCACUCUGUCAGAGACUGGUGCCAGUAAGAAAGAAGAUGCUGAAGUGGAAGAAGUAUUGCACAGAAGAUGCGGAUAAAAUGGAUAUGGAGCGCUUGACAGGCAUGUUCACUUCUGUCACUUCGCAGGCAGACAACGAGGAAGAUGCGACACUAUUGAAAGACGCGAUCGUGAAGAUAUACAGAGACAUCUUCGCACAGUACUUGACAGAUUGCAAGGACUCGAAUGCUGCUCAACGAAGCGAAGCCAUUCCAGAUCACAACGAACCCGUGCAAGAAAUCGCGCAGCCGAGCACGAUCGAAGCAAACACCACGAGCGAAGCCAAGGAUUAUUCGGCACACUCUCCAGCUACGAGCAACGAAGGUACAGAUUUCGAGGCAAAAAACUCCGCCGAACACGGACAAGUCAAAGUCGUUGACAGUCCUUCAUGUCGCACCAAGAACCUGAACAAGUGGAUCAUCGCAAACAACGCUAACGUCGAAUGCCAGCUAACUCUCCGGCAUCCCACGAAUCUCACGGAGUGGAGGAUGAAGUGCACAUUGCAUAGACUGCCCUGCGUCCAGAGCAUGGCUCCGCCACGACUCAGUGUAGAUAUUCUGCCAGUCGCCUAUGGAGUCUGGCCUCUUCUUCCGCUCCUUGGCCAAGCUCAGACGGCUACAGCGCCACUCGUGCCUCGACAAGACUUCUCGAUCGCGAAGACGAAGAACGCUAUUGACAACGAUCUGCAAAACGGCGAGAAUCAACGCGACACUCCCAGUCAGGAGACUCUAAAUAAGGACAAGCUUCUUGUCUUGCAUCGCGGCCAACCUGUUGGCAUCCUUAUCUCCAAGUCUCCAGCAACUACCGAAAGGCACAACAUCCACGAGGCUCCACCGAUCGCGCUCAGUCAGAUGAACGUGGUGCUGAGAGAGAUCGUCCAUCGCCACCUGGAGUCGUUUCAGUCGGUCAGAAGCUCAAGCUACCUCGCCGACGAAGGCUGUCUCAUCACAGAAAACCAUGUCGCCGUCAAAGAACACACAAUGUCGCCAACAAAGAAGGCGAUCUCGCCAAGAAAAGUAUCGUUCCCAACCAAGGCCGUACCAGGCAAGUCAUGCUUGAAGAGGACGAUAAUCACAUCGCCAGCCAUGAAGACGACCUCCUCGAGCCCUUCAAAGAAGGCAGCUACGAGGUACUUCAGCUUUGCAACAGCCAGCAACGUUCAAGUCAUGAUGAUCCCCUUCGUUGAUCGUGGCAGAAAGGUCGGGCGCGCAGGCCAAGUUACUUCAGCAGAGAAGAAGCCUUCAGAAGGCAUGACUGGGCAGAUCAAACCCGCAAAGUUACCAAAGACUGAUGGCAAGAAACUCCCAAUCGUCGAGCAGGCAGGCUGA